CUGAUCUACUAGGAAAUGACUUAAGUGAUUCUUUAAAUGAUUGGUCUACUGUCUAAUCACAAUGUUUAGUGGGAUUAGUUUUUCCUCGUCAUUGUGUUACCUAACAACGCAACGCAGCAACAGUAUAAAAUGAAGCGUCUAUAAUGAAAAUCAUGAGGUUUCGUAACACUAAAUAAGUACAGAAAAAUGUUUAAUUAUUGAAUUCAAAAAUUUUAAACAUAAAAAUCAUGGGCUCAGUAGAACAGCUGACAAGUAUGGAUAAUCAAGUUCCUGGUGGUGGAAUCUCUCUUCCACUAAAAUCAGUUGAUAGCUAUUCUAUAGACACUGGUGAUCCAGAUAUCACUGUCAAUAUAGAUUGUACAGAACCUUCAGAAGCAUUAAAAGAAAAUAUCAUAGAUGGAAAGUUGACCUACAGAACUGUUGGUCUAGAACAUUCAGUUUCCUAUCCAGCUGCAUCAUCACCAUCAUCGUCAGAAAGACUUCCACCACCAGAAGUAACAUCACAAGACACUGGAUUCAGUAUGCUAUCCAACUUUCGUAGACGUCUUAAACAACAUUUGACGCCUGGUAGAAGUUCUUCCCUACACAAAAGUAUGCAUGAUUUAUCUUUAUCUCCGAAAAAGACAACCUCCUCGCCGUCGACUUCAUCUUCAUAUUCAUCAAAAAAUGAUACGGACAGUGUAAAAUCAGCCUACACAACUUCACCAUCCUCAUCGAGUGGAAGUAAAUCCAAUUUAACACAAGAUGUCCCUGAGGAUAUAAGUGGGAUACAGAAAGAGCAUGAAAUUGCUCUACAGAAUGUUUCCUCGCUAACUGAGGCUCAAGUUCAGUUGCUUCAGUCUACUUGGAAUUUAGUUAAACAACAUAUUGAGAAGAUUGGAGUCAUCACAUUUUUGGGAAUAUUUGAACAACACUCUGAUUUUCGUGAUGCAUUCACUGAAUUUCGAAAGAAUAAAUUCGUUGACAUUAAACAUGAUCCAGCAAUGCAAGUUCACGGUCUACGUGUUUUAAGCAUAAUGGAUAAAUUGGUUACUCGACUGCCUAAGACAGAUGAUAUUGAAAAACAGUUAAUGAUAAUUGGAACUAAACAUUGUCGAUAUGUUCCAACUAUUGGACUUGUAUCGAGUGUUUCCGAACAGUUAUGGGGUGCUAUAGAACCAGUUCUGAAAGAAGAAGGCCUAUGGUCAGAUAAUGUUGCUCAAACAUGGAUAACUGUAUUAGACUAUUUAACAAAAACUGUUCGAUAUGGUCUAGCCAAAACAUUACGAUCUACCACAUGGACUUAAAUAAUCAUUCAGUAAAAUAAAACUUAUUAUCAAAUCAUUUAUUUCCAAGAGGGAAGUACAAACAUUAAAGAAACAGCUAACAGUUAGGGCCUCCUCAAAGUGAAAAAACGCUUAUCUUCUGACAAGUGGCUUGUGAUUACUAUCCAUAAACAACAGCUUGUGAUUUAAAUGCAGAUUUCAGUAUAGAUAAGACCUAUUUUUUACAAAUCUUUAAUGUAUGUACAUUAUUAUUAUUAUUACGUUUUAAUCUCUGAUCCAGCAAUCUCCCUGGAUGGAUGCCUGCAUUCCAAACGACUUUGAAAAUCCUUAUUUUAAUUAAAUAUACAUUUAUGUUAGUGACGCUGUCAAUGAUUAACGAACAGUCUGCUUUGUCUUAUUAUUAUUAAUGAUAACUGUAAAAUAACUUCUGUUCAUUUGCCGAAUUCUCUUCUCCUUAUGUAAAUGUCGCCCUCACCUCUCCGAGGAGUAGACUUUUCACACACAGUAUAAAGACUAUCGAGAUAAGUAUCAUAGCCAGUCUCUUCUCAUGAAGACAUUUAUUAGCCUAUGUAGAGUACUUUAUGUAUUUCUGUUUAGAUGUGUUUUUUCUGCAUGCACAUUAAAAUGUAAUCACAGAUUUAUAAUAGAGACGAAUUUUAAAAAAAUUAUUGAAAUCAGA